GCCGGCAGAGCGGGGGCUCGCUCCUCCUCCCCUCUCCCCCCCUCCUGGCUCCCUCAGCCAUUUUAGCGGCCGGUACAGCCGCCGGCCCCGUUCUCCGCCGGCAGCGCCGGGACGAGGCGGCGGGGAGAGAUCUAAUUAUCACUGAAAACCCACUCAUUGCUGUCAGAUACCUUAAGAAAAAGGCUAUGGCAAAACGUUUAAAAGCUAAACCCAUCUCGGACAAACCUGGAAGCCCCUACCGUUCUGUCACUCAUCUUGACUCACUAGCAAACAUAAACAUUCCUGGAGCAGACACAUUGGACAAGCUGUUUGACCAUGCUUUAGCAAAAUUUGGGAAGAAGGACUGUCUUGGGACCAGAGAAAUACUGAGUGAAGAAAAUGAAAUGCAACCAAAUGGAAAAGUGUUCAAAAAGUUAAUUUUAGGAACUUACAGAUGGUUAUCCUAUGAAGAAGUAAAUGAGAAGAUGAAUCGCUUGGGGAGUGGACUGACUGCCCUGGGACUGACCCCAAAGAGUACUGUUGUCAUAUUCUGUGAGACCCGAGCAGAAUGGAUGAUUGUAGCCCUAACCUGCUUCAAGUACAACUUUCCUCUCGUUACGUUGUAUGCCACCCUGGGUGAAGAGGCAGUUACCUAUGGUCUCAAUGAGUGUGGAGCAUCAUAUCUGGUCACUAGUGUAGAACUUCUUGAGAGCAAACUUAAGACGGCAUUGCCCCAAGUCUCCUGUCUUAAACAUAUCAUUUAUGUGGACAAGAAGACUAUCAAUAAAUCGGAAUACCCUGAAAAUGUGGAAAUUCAUAGUAUGCAGACAGUAGAAGAGCUGGGAGCCAAACCAGAAAACGCAAGCAUUCUGCCAAGCAGACCUGUUCCUACAGACUUGGCUUUAGUAAUGUACACCAGUGGCUCCACUGGGAGACCUAAAGGAGUGAUGAUGAUGCAUAAAAACUUAAUAGCUGGAAUGACAGGACAGUGCGAGAGAAUACCUGGACUGGGACCCAAGGAUACUUACAUCGGUUAUUUGCCUCUGGCCCACGUAUUAGAAUUGACAGCAGAAAUUUCUUGCAUCACUUAUGGCUGCAGGAUUGGCUAUUCCUCUCCACUCACGCUAUCCGAUCAGUCCAGUAAAAUUAAGAAGGGAAGCAAAGGAGACUGUACUGUACUUAAGCCUACGUUGAUGGCAGCCGUGCCUGAAAUAAUGGACAGAAUUUAUAAAAAUGUCAUGAGUAAAGUUCAGGAGAUGAACUAUAUUCAGAGGACUCUGUUCAAGAUAGGCUAUGACUACAAAUUGGAACAAAUCAAGAGGGGAUACGAUGCACCUCUGUGUAACGUACUAUUGUUUAAAAAAGUAAGGGCACUACUGGGAGGGAAUGUCCGUAUGAUGCUUUCUGGAGGAGCACCACUCUCGCCUCAAACACAAAGAUUCAUGAACAUCUGUUUUUGCUGUCCUGUUGGUCAAGGCUACGGACUAACAGAAACCUGUGGAGCUGGAACAAUUACAGAAGUUGCUGAUUACAGCACUGGCAGAGUUGGAGCUCCUCUUAUUUGCUGUGAAAUAAAGUUGAGAGACUGGCAAGAAGGGGGCUAUACUAAUAAAGACAAGCCUAACCCUAGAGGAGAAAUUCUAAUUGGUGGACCUAACGUCUCAAUGGGAUAUUUUAAAAAUGAAGAGAAGACAACAGAAGAGUUCUCUGUUGAUGAGAACGGUCAGAGAUGGUUCUGCACAGGAGAUAUAGGGGAAUUUCAUCCGGAUGGGUGUCUGCAGAUCAUAGAUCGCAAGAAAGACUUGGUAAAGCUACAAGCAGGAGAAUAUGUAUCUCUGGGCAAAGUAGAGGCAGCACUGAAGAACUGUCCCUUGAUUGACAAUAUCUGUGCUUAUGCCAAAAGUGACCAGUCUUACGUGAUCAGUUUUGUGGUCCCUAAUCAGAAGAAGCUGACGGCAUUAGCUGAGCAGAAAGGCAUCAGUGGAACCUGGGUAGAUAUUUGUAACAAUCCUACAAUGGAAGCUGAAAUACUGCGAGAGAUUAAAGAAGUGGCAAACAAGAUGAAGUUAGAAAGGUUUGAAAUACCCAUCAAAGUACGGUUAAGCCCUGAACCAUGGACCCCAGAGACUGGGUUAGUAACAGAUGCUUUCAAGCUGAAAAGGAAAGAACUGAAAAACCAUUACCUCAACGACAUCGAAAGAAUGUAUGGAGGCAAAUAAACAAGUUACCUUGACCAGACAAUUGUGCAGAGGGUUCCUUCUCAUGCCUCAGUUCUGGAUGUCUGUGUAUACUGUAGAUAUCACACAUUGAGAAAAUAUACCAAAUGGAUGAGUGUUCCUAUAAUCUGUAUCAAGUACAACAGAGAAUAUUUUAAGACUCCAAAUUCUUAAUUAUUAGCAGAUUAGACACUGAUGGUCUUUGUAGAGUUUCACGUGAUCAUCUCCAGUUUUGAGACAGACAUCAUUAUGUGAAGCAGUACGACCAGGUAAUUUUAUUAUUAUUGCUUCUCUAGCACAUUCAGACUGCUUGCAACUUCUCUUUAAUUCAUUCUUAAGUCUGGCCUAUAUUUCAAAGAGAAAAAAAUUAUGUAAUUGUGAUGGUUCUUCUAUCAUAGUAAGAUACUUAGCAAGGGAGGAAAAAAAGUAUUUAAAGUCUACCCUUCUCCAUUUAAAAACAAAAACAAGAUAACUUUAGUCAAGAACUUGCUAGAGAUCACUAAUAAUGCACUGCUUGAGAAUGGAUGGAUUCUUCUGCACAUCAGUUAGUAUCUUGAAUAUUUACAGUGCCUAAAAAAGAAUAUAAAGUACACUUACUGAAAUAAAGGUGAACUGAAAAGCCUUCUAACCCAAGUUAUUUGAAAUUUUAUUCAAGAGCAUUGAAUAUUUCAACUUCCAACUCACCAAGUACAUUUUUACUUGCCACUGUAUUUUAAUUCAAGCAGAGCUUUCCAGUAGGACACAGCAUAAAAGAAAACAAAGACUUGCACUGCUACAGGAGGUACUGAUGGGAAAUCAUCACCUGAAUGCAGAAUGCAAAACUUGCAUCUUGACUGGCAAACAACAGUGAAAUUGAUGGGCAGCUGUCUCUAAGCAGAUUUGAAACUCGAAAGAGUUGUUGAGGGGUUUU